UGAAGUUCAAUCUUCUUUUUUUGAGCCCCUCAGCUUAUCCUGUGCUGUUCUGGUUCUCCCUUGCGCCGGCCCUUUGCACUGUCUUGCUUGUCUGACUAUUCGCCUGUCCAAUCCUCCGUAAUAAUCCUGCUUCGUUUCGGCUCCUCCCAUCGCCUCUCUCUGCCUCCUCCCGCCCGCGCUGCCUCGCCUCGAACCGCCAUUGACCGCUGCGGGAGUGCGCAAACUCCUCCAAUCUCGCCCCAAACAAUCCCACCUCUACCUCUACCCUUCUUGGGGGACGAGCGCCCAUCAUGUCAUGGCGGGCGUCCGAGACCCUGAUGGACACCAUCCGGCACUACGCCAGGUUCCCGGCAACUGGCGUGAGCUUGCGCCAGAUGGUGCAGUUUGGCGAUAAGCCGUCCACAGGAACCCUCUUCCGCGCCUCACAAUUCCUGGCCGAGGAGCUGCCAAUCCGCCUGGCGCACCGCGUUGAGGAGCUGGAGCUGCUGCCCGACGGCCUCAACGACAUGCCCUCUGUGAAAAAGGUCAAGGACUGGUAUGCUCAGUCCUUUGAGGAAAUCACCCAGCUCCCUCGACCGCGCCUCGCCAAAGACAUCAAGGAGCGCCUCAUGAAACCCGCCAAGUUUGGCAGCCGCGGCGGCUAUGCGCAGCUCUCCGAGUCGACGCCGAACCCGUCCAUCGACGAGGGCGAGGCCUCGGGCUGGGGCCGCCUGCACCUCAACGGCAACGGUCACAGCAACGGCAAUAGCACAUCAUCAUCAAACGGCCACGGCAAGGCUCGGUCCGUUGCGCGGAGAUAUUUCGCCACGGUCGACGACACGGGCGACUGGCCGCCCGAGCUGCAGCUCUACAACCAAAAGUUCGCCCAGUGCCUGCACAAGAUCAAGCGGCGGCACGACAGCGUCGUCACCACUAUGGCCCAGGGCAUCCUCGAGUACAAGCGGCGGCGCCAGCGCAUGCAGAUCGACUCCAACAUCCAGUCCUUCCUCGACCGCUUCUACAUGUCGCGCAUCGGCAUCCGCAUGCUCAUCGGCCAGCACAUUGCCCUGACGGACCAGAGCCACCACCGCGACCCAACCUACGUCGGCGUCAUCUGCACAAAGACAAACGUCAAGGAGCUGGCCCAGGAGGCCAUCGAGAACGCCCGCUUCGUCUGCGAGGACCACUACGGCCUGUUCGAGGCGCCCCGCAUCCAGCUCGUCUGCAACCCCAACCUCGACUUCAUGUACGUCCCGGGUCACCUGUCGCACAUGCUCUUCGAGACGCUCAAGAACUCGCUGCGCGCCGUCGUCGAGACCCACGGCAUGGACAAGCAGGAGUUCCCCGUCACAAAGGUCAUUGUCGCCGAGGGCAAAGAGGACAUUACCAUCAAGAUCUCCGACGAGGGCGGCGGCAUCCCGCGAAGCGCCAUCCCCUUGGUCUGGACCUACAUGUACACCACCGUCGACCGCACGCCCAACCUCGACCCGGACUUUGACAAGAGCGAUUUCAAGGCUCCCAUGGCCGGCUUCGGUUACGGCCUGCCCAUAUCAAGACUGUACGCCCGCUACUUUGGCGGCGACUUGAAACUCAUCAGCAUGGAAGGCUACGGCACCGACGUCUACCUCCACCUCAACCGCCUCUCCUCCUCCUCAGAACCCCUCCAAUAGCAAUUAAGCACCGCCCACGCUAAAGCCCCCUCGGCCCUCAGCAUCCGCAGCAAGCUCAAGAGCAACAGCAAGCGCGAGGUCACUGAGCGCCGGCAGGUCGGGGACGCAGAGGCGGUGGUGAAUGCGCCUCCGAGCAGCUUCCUCCACAAGGACGACAAGCAGCUGUAAGAAAAGGAAGAAGAAAAAUCACGAAUACAUAUAACAACACAAAAAAAGGAGCAUUACAAUGUG